ACCUUUCAUUAUUCAAACUUGCCGUCUCUAACUUUUCGACUGCAACUGCGAAUAAAACAAUUCUGCAUAUUUGGACCGGCAUGCAAGCUUCCCUCCAAUAAAACCAGCACCCACGACAUAAAAAAAAAACAAAACGUCCAUGGCUCACUAAAGCUUUAUCUAUGGAGGAGGAGAAACAGAAGGAUAAAACUGUCUUUUUACACUUCGUGGUGUUCCCAUGGCUGGCCAUGGGCCAUCUCAUCCCCUUCUUCCACCUCUCCAAGCUCAUAGCUCAAAAUGGUCACAGAGUCUCUUUCAUCUCCACCCCGAGAAACCUACUCAGACUUCCCAAAAUACCCUCACACUCACCUCUCUCUCCUCUCAUAACUCUCGUACCUCUUCCUUUGCCCCACGUUGAAAACCUCCCGGACGACGCCGAGUCCUCCGCCGACGUGCCGUACAACAAGCAGCAAUUACUAAAAAAGGCCUACGACUUGUUGGAAUUACCGCUGGCGAAUUUUCUCGAGUCUUCGGCUCCCGAUUGGGUCGUCUACGACUACGCCUCUCACUGGCUUCCCCCACUCGCGGCCAAGCUCGGCGUCCCACGCGCCUUCUUCUGCUGCUUCAACGCCGCGUGUAUGGCUUUCGUCGGUCCGCCGUCUUUGUUGAUCGACGGUCAGGAUUCGAGGACCAAGGCCGAGGAUUUCACGGUGGUCCCACCUUGGAUUCCGUUUAAAUCCGACAUGUCGUUCCGGUACCACGAGGUUGCCAAGUACGUGCAUGCGAACGAGUCCGGUACGCCCGAUACGGUGCGUUUCGGGAUUGCGAUAAGGGGCAGCGACGUCGUUUUGAUGAGAAGCUCUGAUGAGUUCGAGCCCGAGUGGUUUGAGUUGCUCAGAGAGCUCUACGGGAGGAGCAAACCGGUUCUUCCGGUUGGGUUUUUGCCGCCAUUGGUAGAAGAGAAACCUACACGUGUCAAAGACUGGUUGGACAAGCAGCGAGUCAACUCAGUGGUUUACGUGGCACUCGGGACCGAGGCGACUCUGAGUCAAGAAGAACUCACCGAGUUGGCUCUAGGGUUGGAGCUGUCCGGGUUACCCUUCUUUUGGGUGUUGAGAGACUCGCCCGAGUCGACUCAGUCCGUGUCGGAGAUGUUACCUAAUGGGUUUGUGGAGCGAGUCAAGGACCGUGGGAUGGUGCAUUUUGGUUGGGCACCUCAAGUUGGGAUACUGAACCAUGACUCGGUGGGAGGGUUCUUGACACAUUGUGGUUGGAACUCGAUGAUCGAAGGGCUAGGGUUCGGGCGGGUUUUGAUACUAUUUCCCAUGUUAAAUGAUCAAGGGCUAAAUGCUAGGUUGGUGAACGGUAAGGGACUCGGGGUGGAGAUACCUCGGAACGAGCUAGACGGGUCAUAUACGCGUGACUCGGUGGCCGAGUUUGUGAGGUUGGCAAUGGUGGAUGACUCGGGCGAGUUGCUAAGGAGGAGAGUCAAGGAAAUGAAGGGCAUGUUUGGAGAUAGAAAUAGGAACAAUCGACUUGAAAACGAGUUCAUAUGCUUUCUUGAGAAGAAUAGGCCGAACAAACUAACUUAAGAUGAAUUUACCUUGCACAAGAAACAAUAGCAAUGAAAAAUGGAGUCCUUU